GAUCGGAGCUGCUCCGAACAUGGCCGAAGUCGGGGAGGACACGGGGGCCCGGGCCCUGCUGGCUCUGCGCUCCGCGCCCUGCAGCCCGGUGCUGUGCGCCGCGGCCGCCGCUUUCCCCUCUCCUCCUCCUCCGCAACAGCCGCCUGCACCUCCUCCACCUCCACCUCCUCCACCUCCUCCUCCUCCGCCCCAGCAGCCGGCGGCGCCCCCGGGAGCCCCCGUGUCGGCGGCGGCGGCGGCGGCCUCGGUGCGGCAGAGCCCCGGCCCGGCCCUGGCCCGCCUGGAGGGCCGCGAGUUCGAGUUCCUCAUGCGGCAGCCCGCCGUCACCAUCGGCCGCAACUCGUCGCAGGGCUCCGUGGACCUCAACAUGGGCCACUCCAGCUUCAUCUCCCGCCGCCACCUGCAGCUCACCUUCCAGGAGCCGCACUUCUACCUGCGCUGCCUGGGCAAGAACGGGGUCUUCGUGGACGGGGCCUUCCAGCGGCGGGGCGCGCCCGCCCUGCAGCUUCCCAAACAAUGUACUUUCCGAUUCCCUAGCACAGUCAUAAAGAUCCAGUUCACAUCUCUAUACCACAAAGAAGAAGCUCCACCGUCUCCCCUUCGGCCCCUUUACCCUCAGAUCUCGCCUCUGAAAAUCCACAUUCCAGAGUCAGAUCUCCGGAGCCUGGUCAGCCCCCUCCCUUCCCCCACUGGCACAAUCAGUGUUCCCAACUCUUGCCCAGCCAGUCCGCGUGGUGCUGGAUCUUCAGGAUAUCGCUUUGUUCAGAACAUUACCUCGGACUUGCAGCUGGCAGCAGAAUUCGCAGCUAAGGCAGCUUCAGAGCAGCAGGCAGACACUUCUGGAGGAGACAGCCCGAAGGAUGAAUCCAAACCACCUUAUUCUUAUGCUCAGCUAAUUGUACAGGCUAUCUCCUCUGCCCAAGACAGGCAAUUAACACUAAGUGGGAUCUAUGCCCAUAUCACCAAGCAUUACCCUUAUUACAGGACUGCUGACAAAGGCUGGCAGAAUUCCAUUCGUCAUAACCUCUCUUUGAACCGAUACUUUAUUAAAGUCCCACGCUCCCAGGAGGAGCCUGGAAAGGGCUCAUUUUGGAGAAUCGACCCUGCCUCCGAAGCCAAGCUAGUGGAACAGGCAUUCCGAAAACGGAGGCAGAGAGGGGUGUCCUGCUUCCGAACCCCCUUUGGACCUCUAUCGUCAAGAAGUGCACCUGCUUCCCCUACUCAUCCCGGGCUAAUGUCUCCUCAUUCUAGUGGUCUGCAGACUCCGGAGUGCUUAUCGCGGGAGGGCUCACCCAUUCCACACGACCACGAUUUCGGGUCAAAAUUAGCCUCUGUUCCGGAGUAUCGUUAUUCACAAAGUGCACCCGGGUCUCCCGUCAGCGCUCAGCCGGUGAUCAUGGCUGUUCCUCCCCGACCAUCCAAUUUAGUGGCCAAACCUGUCGCCUACAUGCCAGCUUCAAUAGUGACUGCUCAGCAGCCAUCCGCUCACGCAAUUCACGUUGUUCAGCAAGCGCCCACUGUUACCAUGGUCAGGGUUGUGACCACCUCUGCCAAUUCAGCUAAUGGGUACAUAUUAACCAAUCAAGGCUCAGCAGGAGGUGCCCAUGAAGCCGGAGCAGUAUUGGACUUGGGAAGUGAACCAAGAGGUUUGGAAGAUAAACCUACCAUUGCGUUUGCAACAAUUCCGACGGCCAGCCGGGUCAUCCAAACGGUUGCCAGUCAAAUGGCUCAGGGAGUCCCAGGACAGACAGUCACCAUCCUUCAGCCAGCCACCCCGGUGACCAUUGGGCAGCACCAACUUCCAGUGAGAGCAGUGACACAAAAUGGAAAGCAUGCUGUCCCCACCAACAGUAUCACCGGCAGCGCUUAUGCCCUCACAAACCCACUGCAGCUUCUCGCAGCCCAGGCUAGCUCAUCCACCCCCGUAGUGGUCACCCGGGUGUGUGAGGUGGGGCCUGAAGACCCAGCGGCCUCCUCGGGGGAGCCGGAUGUCAAGAGACCCCGGAUGGAAGAACCCAGUGGAACUGUUGUGGCACAGGCUGCGGGGGUGAUAACGUCAACAGCGCCGCAAGGGCAGGGAUCUGGUGAAUGAGGAGUCCCGGAAGAGGAGCUGGAGUAUGUGUGGAGCAGAAAGAGCUUCAAAAAGGAAUGUUGAGCAGAAGUGUAACCACUUGAAAUAAAUAGCAGCUCUUCUUAAAAGCUAUGUAUAAAGGACAGCUCCACAACAUGAGGUGCCAAACAGAUUGGGAAAAAAAAAACAAAACAAACCUCCAUCUACCUGUAUCUGGAACCCAACUUGCUCUUUAUGUCCUUACCCUCCCUUCCCCGCCCAGCUGUUUCCUCCCUUCCACCUCCAACUUCAGUUACACCCCCUCCCCCAUACACACACACACACACAGAACACACACAUGUGUACUUACAAACAGAUUCAGACAACUGAUUGUAUGACUGCUGGCACUUGUUCUUAUUUCAGCACCUCCCUUCUCCCUCAUCCUUUUCUUCAAAGGGACGAGAGAGUAUGGGGAUGUGGUUCAGUAUGUUAAGGAAUGUACGCAAACAGAUUUGGUCUGCAAAAAGAAAAAAAAGGCUCCUUAUCUUCCAAUGCCUUAACACUGCCUCUUAGAAUUUCAGACUCAGUGACGUUUUUUGAAAAAACAGCCAUGCCCAUCCGUGGAGUACUUACGUUGGUGAUUGUAGUGAAAGCAUUAAAGUAACAUGGUACCAAUUUCCUUUCUCCCUCCCUCCCCAUUAAAAAAAAAAAAUGGCUUAUUAAAGGAAAGUAAUGAUAAUUAGCAUGAAUUGUUACUUAUAAGGGCCGGUUGAGAGAGGGAGGAGAAAUGAUAGGAUCUGACCAAGCUGAUCUUCAAAUUAUAGUUUCUCUAGUGUUUUUCACUGGAAAGUGAUAAAAAUAUUAGCAUUAAUUUUCAUUUGAUUCAGUUUUUGGUCUCCAAAAUAUCUCUUGCUUUUUUUCAGAGUUGAUGCACCACCAAAGAAUCUGGUCCUAAUAAGAACUCUGACAGAUACAGAAGGAGUUGUAUGUCUUUGGGGCUUGCCAAUUAUAGUUGUUUACGCAAUGAGGAUUUUUGACUCUUUUGCAUGACACUUGCAGUAGAGUGAAUCCAUUGCUUGACUUAUUAACUUCAUGGAAAAUUACUGACUUCUUGCAUUAGAGCACAGUCUGCCAGGUUGGAAGUGAAUUAAAAGCCAGUGUACUAAAGCAGACACCUGGCAUCCAGGCUCUGAAGUUUUGGAGCAAUUCUCGUUGAUCAUUGCUGAGCCCUGGUGUUCUAGACAGAAUCUGAAUGACUCAUAUGAACUUGCAAGAGAAAAUGAGUGUCUCUCAUUGCACUGGAACUGAACAGUAAUAAAAACCUCUUUAUUCUCCUCCUGUCCUCAUCAGAAAUGGGUCACAAAAUUUCUUUUAUCUUUUGAUUUAAAUCAUUUCCAUUCAAAUUUCUUCUACAUUUUACCAGAAUAACCUGAAAAUGUCUCCACCUUCUAAAACACCAAUGGCCUCGGGAAUAGAUUAAGGAGAUUGGAGACUAGCUUCCCUUUCCAGCACUUAGAACAGUGCUCCACACAAAGUAAGCGCUCAACAAAUCCUGUUAUUAUUCCAUGAAGUUGAUGGGUGAUGUGUGGGCCUCCUCAGGGUUUAUCACUAUCUGGCUGCAUCACCUUCAUUUUGUUGUACGGUCAAUGUGUUAGUGAUCUCUGAAGGAGCAGAAAAGAGUAGCCUGCUCCAUUGUAGUGGCUGUAUAUUUCCAAGUAGGGUCCCCUGAAUUUGCACACAAGGCAGCUUUCAGGUUUGAGGAAGUAGAUCAUGAGCUAUUUAAUUCCUGCCUCAGCUGUAGGGGUAGGACAGUCCAGUAGCUAAUCUAAAACAGCUGACAAACUCUUGAUGUCUCUCUAAACCUUUUAGAUGUGAAGCCUGAUAAUAAAUAUGUAGUAGAAGUGUGAUGGCUUAUUAAAGUCUGAGUUUGCCCACUCUCUCGAGCGGAAUGUAACAGGAGGGGUGGGAACUCACAUCUUUUAAAAGAGAAUUGAUUUUCCUUUUGCUGGCCUUUCAGGUUUUUGCUCUGCUGACUUUGGACCAACAUGAGGGAAAAGCGCAGUUCUGUGCAGAAUUCUGAAAGUAUCUGGAGAAGUGUCUCUCCCUAAAACAGUCUGUUUACUGGAUGGGAUGCAGCUUGAGCCUCCCAAACUACAACUUGUCCACGUUGCUUUAGCUGGUUACCCUCUCAGUAAUUACUAAUGGAAAUACCCCAGUGAUACCUAAAAGUUCCUUUAAAGCUUAUGAGAUGAUGUAGAAGCAGGAAAAUAUUUCAUAGAUUAGAAACUAACCAAGAAGUUCCCAUUUUAAAAACAAACAAAAAACCCCAAAACCCAUUAACAGCAUUUUUUGGAUAAUUUUUAAGUAGAGGCCAGCAUCCUACAGAGAGAAGCAGUGUGGUCUAGCGGAUAGAGCACAGACAUGGGAAUCAGAGGACUCGGGGGCAAGUCAUUUCACUUUUCUGUGUCUGUUUCCUCGUUUGUAAAAUGGGGAUUAAAUACCCAGUAAUUGGGUUGACUAGUCAAGCUUUCUGAGCUAAAAUGUUUCUGACCCUUUUGGCAACAUGUGAGGCAAAUUAUGCCUCUUCUGCCUGGGAAAGGAAAAGUCAGCAAAAGAAAAUAUUCUAAAUAAAUAAUGAUGCUCAUUAAAGAAAGUAUUCAUUGAAGUCCAUGCAAAGCAAAAACCAUGAAACUUCAGAAACGUGAGAAUAGGAUGGAAACAACUAGCAGUGCUUUUUUGAGAUUAUCUGCAGCUAAUGGCGAUAAAAUUAUGCUCCAUUCCGUGCUUACAUUUUCUUAACUUUUUAUAUAAUUUACAUUUUUAAUGGUGUGUGUGGUGAAUGUGUGUUGUGUGCGUGCACAUGUAUAUUUGUGUGUGGGUGUCAGGUAGGCUUUAUUUUGCAUUGAUAGAAUUAACCUUUAACCAUUCAAGGGGGUCCAGGUUAAGGGGUCUACAAGUAGCUCAGUAACAAAUUUUGGGGGCUCCCAGAUGCUCUUUCUCUUCCAUGCAUAAAUGCCAUGUGUUUCGAUCCUGACCCAAUUGGUAAAUUGGGUUUAACAUAAUCACCAAAAUCUUGAAUUCCCGUUACUAGAUUAGGUGUCGUUUUAGGAGAGUACACCACUUUUGAAUAAUUAGGAAAGUACACACUGAGUUCUUCUAAAACCCAAGAAUUGCCUUCUUUAUGAACCUUGGGCUAAGGAAAACUCACAAUACAGGAUACAUGCCUUGAUCUAGGUCUGGCCCAUUAAUUUUUUUUUUCACACCAUGGAUCAGACUAUACUGAUAGAGGUAGAACAUUCCCCUAAUUCCCCUAACAGUGUUCUAUCCAAACUGAAAUGUGUUACAGAUUAAUUGAGUGUACAGUAGCUAUCUUUUCAAAAAUGUUUUUGCAUUUCUCUGUCUGUCGCAGACUGCAAUAUUCCUGUCUAUUUCAGAUGUUUUUAUUGGUAUCUGCCCAGUAUAGCACUUCUAUUAGCACUAAUAUUUUUCUAGUUCUCAUUUGUUGUUAAUGUUCUAAUAUCUUGUUUUAAAAAAAGCCUUCCUAGCAAUGUGAAUGGGGCAGAUUGGGAGAAUGAAAAUUUUGCCUCCUAAUUGGUGAAUUCUUCUAAUCUGGUGUUUGCGGCAUCAAUCUCUGAAAGAUUAAAUUGGGAGGGUUGUAGGCAGUUCAGUGAUCUGUUGGCAUUGGAGUCAAGACUACUCUAUUGUACUCUCCCAGGGGCUUAGUACAGUGCUCUGCACACGGUAAUCACUCAAUAAAUACCUUGAUUGAGGAGAUGAAGUGAAUCACUUUUGGAGGUCCCUGACUGCCAGGGUUUGGGGAGGACCCAGGUAGGUUAACACAAGGGAACUGGAGAAUGCGUCUGCCCUCUUUCCAGAUCAUGUUCUGCUUUUUCUGAACACACAAUGGUCCUCUUCUCUCCUCGUCCCCCCCUUUCUUCUCCUCCUCCUCCUCCUCUUCUUCCUUUUGUUUCUAUUCUCUUCCCACCUUCUCUUCCUCCUGAAUUUCUAGGGAUUGAGGAGCUUUUUCUGGGAACUUCCUUCAGCCUCUCUUGAGUGAAUGAAGAAAGAGAUCUAUUGGAGACAAAUAUACAGAGCUAUCCAAAGUUAGAUCCAUCAAAUUCUCAAAGUAAAGUUAACUGAGCCGAAUAGCAUCUCGCAGGGACAAAGCAAUUUCUAGUUCUCCAGAGUGGGACUGGUCUGAACAGAAGUGACCAGUGAUGGAUCCCCAGGAUCUACAGGCAGGCCGUCAAUUUUUAAGUCUAUAGCGCUCAUCUAACCCCUGAUGCCUUGUAAUUGAGAGUAUUUAAUGGGAUUUUUUGAUAAUAAUGAAGAGAUAACUCACUGAAAUUCAGCGCGUCAACAAGCUAUGAGAACCAUCAUCACGUCAUUAGUAGUUUCCUUGAACUUUUUGGCAACGUAUUUCCUUGCACACGUGACAGUGAGAGUACUGUUAAUUCCUCUGGCUUUCACCCAGAAAUGCAGCAUCUUUAAAUGGAAUCUGUUGCCACUUUGGCAUCAAACAGCAUGAGCUUUAGGAUUAAGCAGAUAAUUUGAUUAAUGUUGAUCGGCAUUUAUUGAGCAUCAACAAUCCUAAGCGCUUUACAAAAAAGAUGUUGCUGUCCAAGACUUUAUAUCUACAUCAGGAAUUGGCUAUUUUUCCCUUAGUUUUUGUUCCCCCACUAAAAUUCUUCAUUAUUUUAUUUUUCCGAAUCUCAACUUCUUUCCCUUUGGGCAGAAGUAUAAUAAAAUUUGUUUUGACUUCUUGAACUCAAAUGCAUUACUCAUUUCUUCUGAGACCCUCCUCCUGAAAAAAAAAGUCCUCAUUAAGCCUUUUAUGGCAAAAUAAGCUGCAGAUUUUCAUAUGGUCUAUAAAAGUAAAAUAAUUAAUUUGGCUGAAGAAUUCUUCACUUUUUCCCUCUCUAGAAUCUAUGUGCCUAAUUUACCGAUGCAUCACUUCCCUCUGUGCUUCCUAUUUUGUCUGCUAUUUAGGAGCAAGAUCAGAGUCUACCCAAAGAUGAAUCAAAACUCAGGGUGUCCUUUGCCCCGGGUGCUGAAUAUGCUCUAUCUCCAUUAAGGAAGGGAAAAGAUUUUUUCCUUGAUCUCUGCCUGGAAUAAGUGUUGGAAAGGAGAAAAGGAUAAGGAAGUAAAACUAGGAAAGGCAUCAGUGUAGUUUUUAAAGGCAUUUGAAGAACAUCAGAAAGUUGGUGUCGAUAACUUGGGUCAGCAAUAGCAGUGGCUUGUUCUGCUUUCACAAAUUCCUCAUGUGCUGCCACUUCUCUCAUUUUCAAGAAAAUAUGGUAAAUGAAUUCUUAGAGUAAAGGAAAUAAUCACUGAUUGUGCAUUCACUCUUUAUUUUCCCUCCUGCCUCCAAAGUUAAAGUGUAUGCUUUAAUAUUUGGAAAUUUGGUUACUCACGGAGAAUAAGGGGUAGUGAUACUUUACACUACAAUCACUGGUCUUUGAUAUUAUCCCCGUUUUUAUAUAGGAGGGGUUUAGAGUUCUCAGUGCUCCUUAUGCUCCACAUUAAGGUAUAGGAACCUCCCUCUGGGUCAGGCAGAGAUAGACUUGAUGACCCCAUGAAAAGCCUUCACCUGAUGAUGUGGAAUAAUUCCUCUCAGAAAAAAUCCUACCUUGCAGAAAAAUUCACCCUUAAAAGUAACACUUUACAUUUUGUCUUAAAUCUACACAGAGCCUGCUAUAAAUUGUGCCUAAUCAUAACACUUGGUUCAGCAUCACACAGAGGGAAAUACAGAGUGUGCAAGAGGGAGAAGGGCUUGUCUUCAUUUCUGGGAGUGGUGGGGUGGCAGUAUUGAGUGAUUUGCAAUUUUAUUUUAACUAUAGUAUUGAAACAUGCAGAACAGAUUUUCUAUCUUGUGGGCUUUCAUAUACACUCAGAAUUAAAGCUGAAGGAGUCUUCUUUUAUAAAGGUAAAUAUAUAGAGUUUGGAAGGAAGAUCUGGUUUACUAAAGUGAAAACUAAAUAUAAGUUUAUAGUAUUUCUCUUUUUUAAAAAAAGCUUAGGUUUGCCGGUAAAUGAGACUUAAAAUAUCUAAUAUGAGGAACUACCUUUCCUCUUUUGUCUUUGCUGUUCUAUCUUUGUUAUAAAGCACUCUUUGUGGGAAUAGUUGCUUUUAGAAAAAUCCUACUCUCUGGAAGUAUUUUAUUUAAAGGACCUUAAAAUAUCCACUGUGCAUAUGGCUGCCUCCUCUAUCUCAGCUGAAAAGAGCACUGUGGUUGUAGAGUAACUACUAAAUAGGAUUUGUAAUAAUUUUGCAAAUAUGAAGAGCUCUGGAAAUGCUAGGUAAUAUUAGCACGAUCUUGACUUGGACCUCAGAGUACUGCAAGUAAAGUUGGGAAUUAGAGACCUUGAGACAUAUUUAACCCCUCAUUCUCUGUUUACAGUUAUAGUUUAUUUCCCUGAAACUUCAUUGUGAGCUUUCUGUCCUUAAUUUUUGCCUAGGAACUAAUGUUGUUUUGUUUUGUUUUAAUAAAGCCUUAUGGCUUUCUUAAAUUUGCUGCUAUAGAUGGAUUUGAGAUUUAGGUGGAUUCAAAGAUUAAUUGGUAUUUAUUUCUAACUCUUUUCUGAGUUGAGAAUUGAAUGAACCUGCAACAAAAUGUCUUGAUUUAAACUGAAACAGUUUCUAUUUUUACCAUCCAUCACUUCCUUAUUGUUUUCAUGUAUUUAAGAUUGUUUCUUUUGGUUCAAAAAGUUCUUGCCUGACCUUCUCUCUGGGUUAAGGUUUAAAAAUACUUAACAGUUGCUCAGGACUUGGUUCUGUUCACCCUAAAGCUUGUUUCUGUUUGUUUCAACUGCUGUCCUUUUGCAUUUUAUUUCUGGGUAAACAUUUAAAGCUGCUACAUCUAGUGUGGAGUGGUUAAGUGCUUCCUGGAGGGGAUUGCCAGUUGGGGUAUGUGGUCACAUGCAGGGAGAUACCACUUUUCGUCAGCACCAGUUAUCUCCCAACCUACGGUUCUGAAGUGAUUUUGCAUGCUUCCUCCUGGUUAAAAUGUAAGUUUGUUCGUGGGUGAUGGGAGAAUGUGUAGGGGCCCAGGAGGGCUGUGAGGAGCUGAGGAGUCUCUCUAUUUGAAUGCUGCUAAAUGUCUUUCCUAAAGAGUACUUAGUUGACUUAAUUAGAGCAACUGUUCUCUCUCCAUGCUACAUGGCAUGCAACGUUCACCUUGUCUUUACCUCUUGACCUUGGAUCAAAGUUCGACCUUGGUAGCAAAGUUUCUAUUUUAAAUGAAUGGAAAAUUUGGCAUGUGUUCACAUAGUUUCUUCUGGACAAAUAGAAAACAAACUAAUUUCAUUGGGUAUAGGUUGUAGUAUGGCAAUUAUUGAAUGUUUUUGAAGCAUAGUAAAAGAAUCAAGUACUCGGGAGGCAUUUUCUUUUUUAAAAAAAAAUUCCAAGGACAAGUUCAUUUAGUGAGGGCAAGUGGAGAGAGAUUAUGGUAAGGCUUUUUCCCUGUAACUUCCAAAUGUAAGACUGGCUAUAAUGUUAAAGACCUCCUGUGUUGUAGGAAUUUACACCCUUGCAGUCUCAAGGUUUCACCGCUGCACCCCUUAUUAUCCCCUACACUGCCCCAUACACAUUCUCUUGGGUGCCAAAGUGCAGAUAACCAGGCAGCAGCUAGAGUUAGCAGAGGAAAAAAAAACCACUUCCUUUUGCUGCCCCUGGCUCCUCAGAGUUUGUAUUUUUGCUGGUAGCACAGAGGUAAUUUCUCUUCUCAAGCCUGUCUCUAUUGUGCUAUCAGAGUGGCCACACCCACUAAGGUUCUUUGAAUCCAAGGUACUUGCACCCCUAGUUUAAAACCCCUGCAGCAUAUCCAGUCAGAUCUUCCAAAGCUCUGUGCUGUUCCCCCAGCCUCUAGAGAAGCAGUGAUUUAUUCGAGUUACUGAGAAAAGCAGCUCCCCUUCAGAGACCAAUGUAAACAAAGUUUAUAUUAUAAAUGUAAUUAUAAAAUUGAGCCAUAUAGCCACAUAACUGUUCCUUUUUGCUGAGUGGAAUGGUAAUUUUCACAGAGUGUUAAUGCAGAAAGGAAAGCACUAACUCUUGGAGACUGUAACAGGGAAUUUAGCUAAGAAGUGGGAUGGAUUUCAAUUUUACUAGUCUCAGCCCUAAUAAUCAUCAUUCCUACUUUAUGGUGUGACUUGUUUUGAUCUUGCUUUUCACAUCUCUCACAGGCCAGAUUGAAGUUCUAAAUACACAGGCCGUGACCACUUAGUUCUGCAUCCCGCAGCACUUCCUACAACAGUAAGUUGUAGACAGAAAAUCUCUCUGGAAUCCUGCAGGGUUUGCGGAAUACCGGGUCCUUGGAGAUCUUACAAAUUCAUCCUUGGGAGAUAAUGGGCAGUGGAGGGAAGUUCCAUGCAGAGUUCAGGGCAAAGUACCAGGUUGUGGAAAAUUGAACAACUUUUCUGUGAAACACUUGUGUUAUAUCGGCAGCCAUGAUAGCUCAAAUUCAGUUGGAACGUUUUCUGAGCUGCAUCUGACGUUCUUCCUGAUCCAACUUUUGCCCUCCCUCCUUCCUUUCCUCCACAUCCCCAUAGUCGGCUACCUCGAAGCGUGGUCCCCUUAGACCAUAGGCACCCCUGAGGAGCCAUUCCAGCUACACAGAGGUCAUUCUGUCAGUGAUCAGUUCUGUUUGUUUGAAGUAGCUUUACCUAGGGAUCUUCUUACAGUGGAAAAGGGGGCUGGAGUCCACUCAAAGAAGAAGUAUCAGAAUGAACCAGUUGAAAAGAAUUGGAUGAUAAAUACAUGAGGGAGUUAUAGUUGGGGAGGUUAUUGCUGCUUGACCCCCCCUUGGGGUUUUGGGUUUCUCACUCGUCACACCGCAGCUUGCAGUCCCACUGAGGCUGACUCAACUAUAACCAGGAAGGGAAUACUCCACGCAAAUUAUGCUGCUGCUGUUUCUACAAAUCACAGAGUUGCUACUAGGGUUGGUGCCAUUACCCCUCUCUCCUGCAUGAGGAGACAGGGACCACUUUCUGAUCUUUGAAGCUUCCGGUAGUGGAUGGCUUUCUGCUUUACCCUGGGGGAAGCAUCCUCAUUAGAACUGUGUGAUUGGCAGAAGUGAAUAUUUAAAUUUGUGACUUUUUAAGAGAUUACAUUGGAUACAGGGGGACCGGAAAAGUUUGCUGUCUUGAGCAGGACCUCCCAAACAUUUUAAUUGACCUUCUUCUUGAGUCCAGAUGAAAAUCUCUUCCUAGCAUUAGUGAGUCUUGGGAAUUUUUAUAUUUCUCUUUAUCACUGUCCAGGAAAAAGAAAAGUAUCUUUUUUACUGUCUGGUGCUUUGCAAAGCAGGUAAAUGGGAGCAGUUACUAAACUGUAAGCAGCACUCUUCCAGGGGAGAAAAGUCAAUUUUGACAUUUGCUUUCUCACUCUGUGGUAGAGAGGUUCUAACAGUGAUGUCUAGAGAAGGCAUUGCUGGGUUCCAAGAUAGUAGAACUUCCUCAUGAGCAUUGUGUAAUUAAUCACAUCAGGACUUUGUAAACAGACUGCAUCACAGGGAUGAAUCAAAGUAUAUCCCCUACUGCAGCAUUAAUAAAUAGACCAGUGGCAUCUUGGUGUUCCUUAAGUUCAGUGGAGUGGCCAUUUUCAAGAGGGUUAAAAACCAAAGAAGGGCAGCUGUAACAUUCUCUUCAGUGAAGCAGCACAAGUCUGCCUCUUUGUCUCUCUUAAAUUAUGAGAAAACAUAUAGCAUGUCUUUUUUAAAGGGGAAAUGGAGCAGUGUUAAGAACUCUUUUGCACUAAGGAUUUAUUGGGUGUGAUUUCCAAGUACCCAUUUUCUCAGAACAAAGGCAUUCUCAGAUCACUAACCAAGGUAAUGAGGCUGGGCUUUGGAGAGCAUACGUAGUUUUAUGUAAUGUCCGUGUGGUACCUAAAGGGUUAAUAUUCAGAAUUUUAAAGAUGGGCCAUUUCAUUAAGCUUAAAAUAGACAGGAGACACUCUUAAAAAGAGAAUAAGCUCUACUUGCCUCCAGUAGCUAGACAGUUAUCCAUUUUUAAGUUAAAAGUAUUUUAUUUUAUUCUGUAUGUGUUGAUUCCUGCUUCAGGGAGGAGAAGAAAUAGAAGAGAUAAAGAUUUAACCUCAAAAUAGCUCCUUAGGAUUGCCAGACUUCAGCUGUAUAAAAACCUCAAACAGUUGCGCAUACACAGAGAACGCACCUUCUCCUUUUUCUGCCUAGAUGUUCGGCACUUAACUUAAGGGAAGAGGUAGGAUGAAGCCAGCAUUGUAGUUUGGUUUUUUCUUAUCCAAACAAGAAUUUUCCUCUAGAGAUAUUUUUGUGUGGAUGUAUGUGUGGAUGUGUGAAUGUAUGUGUGUGUGGGUUUUUUUUUUUUACAGUGGCUGUCUAAAGUAUUUUUCACAACUUGUUUAGUAAUCAGUGCUUGAAAAAGCAGGUGGUAUCUCUCUAAAGUGGGAACGUAGGUCUAGGACGUUGGAUGUGAAUUUCAAAUCAUAUUAUAAUGUUUCACCAUCAGUAACAAAAACUUUUGGUCUGUGAUCACAAACUGAGAGGGAAACCAAGGAAAGGGAUAAAACCAGCCAGUCUGAUGGUGAGGAAAGAAAAACAACCUUCAGCCACAAGAAUGGAAAAACCAGCAUCUAAGGUUGGACCUGUGUUUUCAUUUCAAAUGGGAUACAGUAUUUUUUUUAUAAGGAGCCAUACUUUUUUUAAAAGUAAUUUGAGAUCUGAAUGUGAUUUCUAAUUGUAUCAGACAUUAAUGUUUCAAAGCUAUAACAAAGUUUUAAAAUUUCUACUAUUUUUUUUCAUUCAUUUUAACUGUUCUGUUAUCUAUUAUCUUAAAUUGAUGUAUGUGGUUGGGGAAGUUUUGCUUCUCCUCUUAGCAUUUGUUUCUAUAACCAGAAAUAAAAUUAUAUAUUAAAGAGAAGACA